AUGGCUCCCUCCUACCAGGACAGUUACAGCUACGGACCGUCGACAGAUGCGGGUAGCUACGGUAGCUUCGAGAACAAGCGGUAUCACCUGCCUGCUGCCAGCCAGCCUCAGCUCCUGGCCAUGGCCACGGCCUCAGCCUGCCAGCCAGGGACUAAAGGAACUCCUGUCCAGCGCAGUGGAGGGCACAGCCCAGUGCAGCCCCUGCAACCAGUGGCCACUGCCGAGGCAGGGCAGCCAGCCAGCGCCCUGGCCUUGAGCUACACCGAGAACUACCCCUACCCACUGGCGACCAGCGCUCUGCCCCUGGCCUCCGUCUCCACCCUGCCUUCCUACGCCCUGACCUCCUACAGCCCCACCUCUGCCCCGGACGCGGGACCAAGCUACCCGAGCUAUGAAGCAGCGGCGCACUCGGCAGCCGGUCCUCAGUGUCCCCCACCGCUGCCCCUCCAGCUGCCACCGCCUCCCCAGCAGCCUCCGGGCUCCCUGUGGGGCGGCCCAGGAAGCAGUCCCAGGGCCAGGUCUGCCGGCAGCCUCUCUGGCAAGCUCCUGGCUCCCCGCAAGCUGCCGAAACCCAAGGGUGGCCCCAGGGAGCCUCCGCUUCACUACUGUGACGUCUGCAAGAUCAGCUGCUCUGGUCCCCAGGCCUACCGCGAGCACCUGGAGGGGCAGAAGCACAAAAAGAAAGAGGCGGCCCAGAAGACGGGCACCCAGGCCAGCGGUGGCCUGGGCAGGGUGCCAGCGCGGCUGGGCUGUGGCCUCUGUGCCGUGUGGUGCCCGGGGCCGGAUGCCUACGCCGCUCACAUCCGGGGCGCCAGGCACCAGAAGGUCUUGAAGGUGCACCCUGAGUUGGGGAAGCCCAUCCCUACCAGUGAACCAGUGCUGGGGGACUCCAGCUCAGCCCAGGCCACCUGCACCAGCAAGCCGGCCCCCGUCGCCACGGAGAGUCCCCCCCUGGCCUCUGCUAAGCCCACAGCCCCUGCUGGCCCCGGCGUGUGCGCCCUGAGCAAGCCAGCGCUGGCCAGGAGCGUGGCAGCCCAGCUUUUCCUUCCAGGGCCUUCCAAGCCUCAGGUGGCGAGCAGCAGGGCCCCAAAGGGCAAACGGGCACACCCCGCACCAGAUGGGCCCAGAGAUCCGCCCGCCAGAGGAGACUCUGCAGAAGCUUCUGGAAGCUGUGAUGCGCAGCCAGUGGGCCCAGACUAUGUGGAAGAGGUGCGCAACGAGGAAGGCAAGGUGGUCCGGUUCCAGUGCAGGCUGUGCGAGUGCAGUUUCGGCGACGCCACGGCCAGGGACACGCACGUGCGGGGACGGCGGCACUGGCUGCAGCACAAGAAAAAGGUGGACCCUGACCUCCCGUUUGCGGUGAAGCCCAGCCACAGAGCUCGGAAGCUGCUGGAGGCCAGGCUGAGGAAGCAGAGGCAGCUGACCAGGAAGCGGCUCGAGGAGAUGCGGUGCUGGCACGAGCAGCUGUGCAGGAGGCGACCGGAGGAGGGGCCCCAGGCCCCGGAUGAGCACCCUGGACCCUCACCACCCGACCAGCACUCUCCUUCCCUCACGAGCAGGCCGGGGGCGCCUGCCAGCUCACCUCUGCAGCGUGCGCGGCGGCCGGAGUCCAGCAACGACCGGCACGUCUUGUAUAAGCACGCCACCAUCUACCCCACGGAGGAGGAGCUCCUGGCCGUGCAGAGGGCCGUGUCGCACUCGGAGCGUGCCCUCAAGCUGGUGUCCGACACGCUGGCCGAGGAGAACUCCGGAAGCCCAGAGCACGCGGGCGGUGAGCACAGCGGCGGCUCGUCCUCAGCUCGGGUCCUGAAGGGCGUGAUGCGGGUCGGCCUCCUGGCGAAGGGCCUGCUCCUGCGGGGAGACAGGACGGUGCGGCUGGCCCUGCUCUGCUUGCAGAAGCCCACGCGCGCCCUCCUGCAGAGAGUCUCCGAGCAGCUGCCCCGGCAGCUCCCGAUGGUGACAGAAGACAAGUACGAGGUCUCCUCUGACUCCGAAGACAUCAUCAUCAUUUCCUCCUGCGAGGAGCCCAGGAUGAGGGUCACUGUGUCCCUCACCUCGCCCCUGAUGCGGGAGGACCCUUCCCCAGACCAAGAGGGAAUGCAGGUGCCUCCGUCCGACCCAGGUGACGUCCUGAGCCCAGAGAAGUGCCUCCAGUCACUGGCUGCCCUCCGCCACGCCAAGUGGUUCCAGGCUCGAGCCAGCGGCCUGCAGCCAUGUGUGAUUGUCCUCAGGGUCCUCCGUGACCUCUGCUGGCGUGUGCCCGCCUGGGGGGCCCUGCCACACUGGGCCAUGGAGCUGCUGGUGGAGAAGGCUCUGAGCAGCGCGUCAGGGCCCCUCAGUCCUGGGGACGGCAUGAGGCGUGUCCUGGAGUGUGUGGCCUCGGGGACACUCCUGACAGAUGGGCCUGGGCUCCAGGAUCCCUGCGAGAGAGACCAGAGGGACGCCCUCGGGUCCCUGACCCCCCAGCAGCGCGAGGACAUCACGGCCAGUGCCCAGCACGCCCUGCGCUUGUUGGCGUUCCGGCAGAUCCACGCGAUCCUGGGCAUGGAGCCUCUGCCGCCCCCCAGAAGCAGGCCCGGGCCGCGCUUCCGCAAGAGGCUGCGGGAGGCGGGUACGGCCCCCGAGGGCGACGUCCAGAGGAAGCAGGGCCGGCUGGGCGGAGAGGGGCCCGCGUGAGCAGCCUCACCCCUGCACGUGAUUCCCUGGAUUCAUCCCGACAACGUUGGACUGUCGUGUUUUCCUUUCCAGGAAGGCUCCGUGGGUUUCUUUAAAAGCACUCGUGUUUAAA